GCGAAUGAGGGUUUAUCGGAAACAUUUCAGGCGAGUACUUUGAAUGAGUUCAAGGGUAGGUUGCGUGUUAGUGAUGAUCAUUACGAUAAUCCUGUAGUCACCGAUCCAGCAGCCAUGGAUUUAUGUAUUUCAAGAAUUGUCCGCAAUUUUAUAUUAUUAUAUCUAAUUAAUAUUAUCAUUAUUAUGGAUAUUUGUCAUGCUGAUGAGUUUUCAUUCACUGUCAUCAUCCCUCCAGGUAAAACCGAAUGUUACAGUCAUCCUAUUGAUAAACCGAAAUACGCAUUCUUCGAGUUAGAUUAUCAAGUUAUUGGUGGUGGUGAUUCUGAUAUAACCUUUUAUGUUCUAUCACCGAAAGGAAGUCGGAUUUUGAUUGAUGUUAGAAGUAAUGACGCUAUGCAUCGUGUGGAAUUAAAAGAACCUCAAAAUGGAUAUGGUGAUUAUACGUUUUGUUUCGAUAAUACGUUCAGUAUUCAAUCUGAGAAACGUGUUUUCUUUGAAUUCUUUUUGAUGGAUGAAUCUGGACAAUUUUUGGGUGGAUUUGAUGAGAAAUUCAGCGUUGCUGAUGAGGUAUUGCGUACGCUUGAUACACGUUUGGAGCAUUUUCAGAAUGUCACAGUAAGCGUGAAAGAUAAUUUAAAUAAAGUGGAGCGUAUUCAAAGGCAGUACGCAAGUCUGGAAUUAUCAGACCGCAAAGCUUUAGAAACGAGUUUUGAAAUGAUAAAUUUUUGGAGUAUGGUUCAUUUAUCAGUCAUGGUGGUUGCACUUCUUGUACAGGUCUAUAUGGUACGUUGUUUGUUUGAAGACGAGUCAAAAAUGGGACGUUUCUUGAGAAAGGGACGUUUGAAUGAUUAAUCGUUAUUUUUUUCUGUUAUUUUGACUGCCAUUAUUUGUUAUUUCUUGCCUUAUAAGGAUAUGUUCUGUUUAUUAUUUUGAAAUGCACCAGUGGUAGUGUUUAUGACUGCGUUAAUAUUCGCCACUAACGGUCGAUUAGCAGUGAUAAUGAGUAAUUUGUGAUGCGUUUGUGAUCAUUUGACUUUUAUUUUAUUUCAUUCGUCUUAAAGUGCCUCGACAUCAGGUUUUAUGUGUGUAUUAUAGGUGUAUUUUCAGCAAAUAAUAAAUUCUGGUUUAUUUA